AUGCUUAAUCAUUUUCGACAAAUUCUUCCUCGAACAAUUCGUCCAACAAUGAUGUUGGCUAAUGUUCGUUUUAAUUCAACUCCAGCCGAUAAAUCUCCAGUUUCAGCAAAUGUACCAAGUAGUCUAUGGAAACUUGGUAAACUCAAUCAUUUAGCUGUUGCUGUUCCUAAUUUAGAUGAAGCAAGCAGUUUUUUCAAAAAUGUUCUUCAUGCUAAAUCAGUUAGUGGCGCUGUUCCACUAAAAGAACAUGGCGUUUAUACCGUUUUUGUUGAAUUUGGUAAUACUAAAAUUGAACUUCUACAUCCACUUGGUGAAAAAAGUCCAAUAAAAAAAUUCUUAGAAAAAAAUAAAGCUGGUGGAAUUCAUCAUAUUUGUAUUGAAGUUGAUAAUAUCGAAGAAGCUAUAAAAGAUAUUCAACAACAAAAUAUUCGAACAUUGAGUGAAAAAACUAAAAUUGGUGCUCAUGGUAAACCCGUGAUAUUUCUUCAUCCAAAAGAUUGUGGUGGAAUAUUAAUUGAACUUGAACAAGCUUAA